GGAAAGGAGACACAAAACACUAGAGCGCGAGCGCGUGCUGUGUGUACAGCUGCGGAGCUGCUGGAGAUGAGCAGGCUGCAAUCAAACUACACAUCCCAUGCAGUGGUUCAGUAGUGAUUGAGCAGAAUGGCAUCAGAUGCGAGUCACAUGUUGGAGGCAGCCUUGGAGCAGAUGGACGACAUUAUUGCAGGCUCCAAGGCCGUGGUGGAGUUCAGUAACGGCCUGUACGAUCUUGGCUCUCCAGUCAGCGCAGGUCCUCUGCAGGUGCUGCAGCUGGCCGAGGAGCUGCGUGUGGCUCUGGAGCUUCAGGCUGGAGACGAAGGCCAAGAGACUCUGCGCUCCCAGCUUCCAUGCUCCACUGCGCAGACCCUGCUGGACUGGCUGGAGAAAGGAAUGGUCAACCUCCAGUCCCCCCCGAACAAUGAGACCUAUCAGCAGCGGUUGGAGAGAUUAGAGGGGGAUAAAGAGUCUCUGGUUCUGCAGGUGAGCGUCCUGACGGAGCAGGUGGAGGCGCAGGGAGAGAAGAUCAGAGAUCUGGAGGCCUCUCUGGAGGAGCACCACCACAAGCUCAUCUCCACUGAGGAAAUGCUUCAGCAGGAGCUCCUGAGUCGAACCUCGCUAGAGACACAGAAGCUGGAUCUGAUAGAUGAAGUAUCAUAUCUGAAGCUGAAGCUGGUCAGUAUGGAGGAGGAACACGGUCACACAGACGGAGACGACAAACAGCACAAAGCUGAGGCUCUCCAGCAGGAGCUGCGUGUGUUGAAGACCAAAGUAGAUGAGCUGGAGAGUGAGAAAUCUCAGUAUGAGAGGAAGCUGAAGGCCACCAAGGCUGAAAUCUCUGAGCUUCAGCAGCUACUGGCCUCUAAAGAUGCUGAAAUCGAGAGUCUCCAGAACCAGCUUCUGUCCAGAGGGAACAUCAGCAAUGACAGCAUAGAAAGAGAUGUAGAACUGCAGAGAAUGAAAAUUGGGAUGGAGUCACUGCUUGCAGCCAAUGAUGAAAAGGACCGUCAUAUAGAGGAGCUCACAGCACUCCUGGCCCAGUACAGAAAAAACAAAGAUAUUAUGGCCCUUUCACAAGUGUGUGGUGAUCGUUUGCUCUGUGGCAGCAGUGAGGAGGACCUGAGUGGGGUCCUGAGACUGCGACCUUUGGCCCAUAAAGCUCAUUCUGACAUUGUGCGAUCUGACCUGCAGAUGUCGACACCUCGAGGACCUUCUCCGUUCCUACUGCCUACAGUGUGUCUACAGAAAGAGCUGGAGUCCAACUGCCGCGGCAUGCAGACCUCCAUGGAGAAUUCUGUGCUAUGCCCUGGUGACACAGCCUUUCACAACGGACAGCGGUCAACACAGAGGAUGCUGUCCACGAGUUUAGAGGAGUUACAGAGUGGAUCCAAGCAGAGGCAUGUAAUGGGCCAACCAGUAGAGCCUGUUCUGAAGAAUCGGCAUGUUUCGGACAGCAGUAAGUACCGGACACUCCCGGGGAAGUUUUCUCGUCCAGAGCAGAAUGGAGAGAGGGAUCAGUACCCCUCCCCGCUCCAGCUAUCACCUGACGAGAGUGAGGACAGCGAGGUCAACCUGAACCGUUGCAGGAGUGCCAGCGCUCCAGCGUUAGGAAAAACGGAGAAGGCCGACGAGUCCACUCUGUCUGACCUGUCGCCUGUGUCAUCAGGCAUCGACUCAGGCCAUCAGUCGCCAGUUUCUCCAGAGCACAAGAAGAACCAGAAAGGCAUCCGGAAGCUGUGGGGAAAGAUCAGAAGGACUCAGUCAGGCAGUCUCCCUGCGGACAGCAUGGACAGUGCUGAUUUCAGGAGGGGAGGCUUCAGAGCCACCACAGGACCUCGGCUGGCCUGCGUGGGCAGCACAGACAUUGCAUGCAAUGUGAACACUCCCUUCUCAAAGUGGUCAUGCGAUCAGGUGUGCACAUGGCUGGACGAUUAUGGAUUAGGACAAUACGCCCCCAUGGCCAGACAGUGGGUCAGCAGUGGACAGACUCUUCUCUCAGCCUCCCCACAUGACUUCGAAAAGGAGCUGGGGAUGAAGCACCCACUGCAUAGGAAGAAGCUGCAGCUGGCCUUGCACUCCUUCACCACCAGACUUGAGGAGAAAUCUGCAGAACUGGACCACGUCUGGGUCACACGAUGGCUGGAUGAUAUUGGUUUGCCGCAGUACAAAGACCAGUUUCACGAGGGCCGUGUAGAUGGGCGGAUGCUACAGUACCUGACCGUGAAUGACCUUCUGCUUCUGAAAGUGAGCAGUCAGCUCCAUCACCUCAGCAUUAAAUGUGCCAUCCAUGUGCUUCAUAUCAACAAGUUCAGCCCCAACUGCCUGAAGAGGAGGCCAGGAGACGAGGCACAGAUGCAGACGUCCCCCUCGGAGGUGAUGCAGUGGUCUAAUCACCGCGUGAUGGAGUGGCUACGGUCAGUGGACCUGGCUGAAUACGCGCCCAACCUGCGGGGCAGCGGUGUUCAUGGUGGACUCGUAAUUUUGGAGCCACGCUUUAACUCAGACACUCUGGCCAUGCUGCUGAAUAUCCCUCCCCAGAAGACCCUGCUGAGGAGGCACCUUGCCACCAACUUUGGCUCUCUGGUGGGAUCCCAGGCUCAGCUGGAUAAACGCGAGAACAUGGAGUCACCAGGAUACACACCGCUCUCCACCACAGCUAAAGUUCGGCCAAGGAAGCUGGGCUUCUCCAAUUUCGGCCACCUGCGCAAGAAGCGACCAGACGACUCCACAGACUAUAUCUGCCCACUGGAGGCAGCACAGGCACAGGCUCUACUGAACGGGACCCAGCGGCCCUACACGGGCUUCAGGGGUCUGAGCCCCAUCCUGGACCGGGACCCUGAGAGGCGGGAGCAGGUGGGGCCUCCACUCAGCUGAAGCUAAGCUAGCCAGCCCCCUCAAGCUUGCUGCCAAUUCCUUACCAUUCCCCAGUCGGCUGAACCAACUGCCACCUCCCCUCAUUCCCUGCCAUCAUCUUAUACCCAGCAUCCCUCACUCACGGCCACAUGACACGUUACUGAGUGACAGCUGAGCAGAGACAUUCACACGCGGCUGUGUCGUUUGAACUGUGGAUUUGAGGCUAUUUGUGUCCGAGUCUCACUUGUGCCACUGUUUAUAUUAUUUUAUGUGACGUAAAAAUAAAUGACACACAUCACAUCGGAUAAACUAACGCUAUUCCGUUUUCACAGCCUCAGCGAAUGAUCAUUCUGUGCUGUAACGACAGAGGGUUAAAUCACCUGUGCAACAUUUGCACAUUUUAGGGAUUUAUUUAAUAUUUAAGGUGGUGAAUUUUAGCAGGCAAGCAGAUGAUUUUUAACACAUUUGGUAACAGUGUAUAUUUGCAGUAGAUCUUUCAUACGUAUACAUACAACAUAUUUUUAUAGGUAGACAGAUGUGCCGAUUCAUGUAAGGAAGGACUUUGUCCUCAAAUUGUAAAUAUAUAUCACAUUAGAAAUGAGACGAUGAUCAAUAAACCUCCUCCAUCACUGUGA